AUGCUCUUGUGCAAAGACAAUCCUAAAGCAGUGCUGAGAUCAAUCUUAUAUAGGUCCCUCUCGGUACUCGUCAAUUAUAUUAUCAUCUACUCGGUUGGAAUUCCAGAAGCUCUCUGUGCAAAUGUUUUAAUCGAUAUACCAAAUGUAGGAAGGAAAUGGGGAAUGGUCCUUUCAGCUUUUGGAAUGGGAAUUUCAUUAUGUUUAUGUGCAAUUGUAGAUGAUUUAACUACUGAAGUGGCUAUGAACGCAUCGGAAUAUUUUUUCCAAGGAUCAGCAUGUGGAUUAACUUCAACUUCAGGAAGAUUAUCAUCAAUCAUUGCACCAAUUGCAGUCAGUUCAGUCAUAGAUAGAUCAACUAAUACUGUACUUUAUUCAGCUGGUGGUGGUGCUAUUGUGGCUGGUUUAGCUUUACCUGGUUUCCCUUUGGAAACAAGAGGGAGCGGAUAUACUUGUAUGCUUUAA